AUGAGGGAAAUCGUUCAUAUUCAGGCUGGACAAUGCGGCAACCAAAUCGGCGCCAAGUUCUGGGAGGUCAUCUCCGACGAGCACGGCAUCGAUCCAACAGGAGCAUAUCAGGGUGAUUCUGAUCUUCAACUGGAACGCAUCAAUGUGUAUUAUAAUGAGGCGUCAGGAGGCAAGUACGUACCUCGAGCCGUCUUAGUAGACCUAGAGCCUGGUACCAUGGACUCGGUGCGAUCUGGUCCAUUUGGUCAAAUUUUCCGCCCUGACAACUUUGUAUUCGGACAGUCUGGAGCUGGCAAUAACUGGGCUAAAGGCCACUAUACGGAAGGGGCUGAAUUGGUUGACUCUGUUCUAGAUGUUGUGAGGAAAGAAGCGGAAGGAUGCGAUUGUCUUCAAGGUUUCCAGCUAACGCACUCGUUAGGCGGAGGCACGGGGUCGGGAAUGGGGACGUUACUUAUUUCAAAAAUAAGGGAGGAGUAUCCCGACCGUAUUAUGAACACGUUUUCAGUUGUCCCAAGUCCAAAAGUAUCGGAUACAGUUGUUGAACCGUACAAUGCUACAUUAUCGGUUCACCAACUAGUGGAGAAUACGGACGAAACGUUUUGCAUAGACAAUGAGGCGUUGUAUGACAUUUGCUUCCGUACGUUGAAGCUGUCGACGCCGACAUAUGGUGAUUUGAAUCACUUGGUGUCCGCGACCAUGUCAGGCGUGACCACAUGCCUGCGGUUCCCGGGACAGUUGAACGCGGACUUGAGGAAGCUGGCGGUGAACAUGGUGCCGUUCCCGCGUCUGCACUUUUUCAUGCCGGGAUUCGCACCACUGACGUCGCGAGGCAGCCAGCAGUACAGGGCGCUCAGUGUACCCGAACUCACGCAACAAAUGUUUGACUCCAAGAACAUGAUGGCGGCGUGCGACCCGCGUCACGGCCGCUAUCUCACAGUCGCCGCCAUUUUCCGCGGCCGCAUGUCCAUGAAGGAAGUUGACGAACAGAUGUUAAAUAUCCAAAAUAAAAACAGCGUCUACUUUGUCGAAUGGAUACCCAAUAACGUCAAGACUGCCGUUUGCGACAUUCCGCCAAGGGGACUCAAGAUGUCUGCCACAUUUAUAGGAAAUACCACAGCAAUUCAAGAGCUAUUUAAGAGGAUAUCUGAGCAGUUCACCGCCAUGUUUCGUAGGAAGGCUUUCCUUCAUUGGUACACUGGUGAAGGUAUGGACGAAAUGGAGUUCACAGAAGCGGAGAGCAAUAUGAACGACCUGGUGUCGGAGUACCAACAGUACCAAGAUGCAACGGCCGACGACGAGGGCGAGUUCGACGAGGAAGUUGAAGAAUAA